AUGGCCUCUGAUAUGAGUUAUUUUGAUCGAUUGCCCAAUGAAAUUCUCGAACAAAUAUUCCUUUCAUUGUGUCACCUACCACCUGUAACUAAAACUAAUCAUGUUCCUAUCACGUUGCAUUCAUUAUAUUUCGACUAUUCUAUUCAACAACCACUAUUGAAACAAACUCAUAGAGAUCUUCUCUCCAUUUCACUUGUUUGCCGACGUUUCUACCAAAUCCUUAAAUCACCAGCAUUUUGGCAGCGAAAAUGUCUUCAUGAUUAUGUUUUGCUGCCUACUCAACAUUUUCCUUCUAGCUUCACAUCCUAUGAAAAACUCUACAUUAGCAAUCCUUUUCAUCCAUCGUUCAAUCUAAUCAAAGAGAACAAGUGGACAAAAUCUCAAAAUACUGAUUCACAAGUUGAAUUUACUCCAUGUGGCAGUAAUCGACUCUAUGAUGAAUUUAAUCGUUUAUCUAUCUGUCGUGUAACAUCUUAUACCUGGGGGAAAUUCAUUCAGCGUGAUAUUCAACUGCUUAGCAACAAACUUUCCUGGAAUGAUAUUGCAUGUCUACAUCCAAUAAUUGAAUUUUCGGUGUGCGUGGCUCCACGAUGGGAUUGCGCUUCCGAAUGUCGAAUCUGUCUGAUUUUUUCUGACGAACAUCGUUGGGAGUGCGAACGAACUUUUCCGCAAUGGAAUGAUAGCAAAUGGCAUCGGUUGACUUAUCUCUACAGACAUUAUGAACAUUUUCCCGCAUCAGUCACUGUUCAUUUGUCUGGUAAAGAUAGACAAGGGUGGGCAGGAUUCUAUGGUGCCAAGUUUGCUCAAACUCGGAUUCGAUUACUCUUCCAUACAGAUGAAAAUGAGUCGAAUCAAGAGAAUGAAACAAUUAUUGAACCACAAAUUGAGACUGAAAUUAACCAGGAUCCACAACCUGAGCCUGUACCAGACAAGUUGCCCAUAGAUGAUGGUGUCGUUCAUCAGAAUUCUACAACACCUUAUUUAUCAUUUAACGAAUCUGAUUCAGACUUCGAUUAA